AAUCCUCACUCUCGUGAAAUAUUCUAGGCUCCAAACAUCUAGCAAGAUCUGCUUCCGACCAUUACGCUUUAUUACACUACUCCAUUUGUCUUCAAUUUCUAUACCUCCCUAACAACAAAUGGACAGUUCCUCCAUUGCCGCCACCUCGUCUGAAAAUACUCUACAUGCACCUUACGCUCCUUUGCCGGAGCAACCUAAUUCCCACCACGAACCUUCCACAAAAGUCCGGCGACCUUUAAAGAUUUUCUCAGUCGUUUUUCUGCUGUCAUUGCUCGCAUUAAUCGUUAAACAAAGCCAACAACCAUCGCCCCAGCCAAAUAAAAACCAGUCAGCAGCACAAUCUGCGGCGGUGCCGGUGCCGAGAGGAGUAGCUGAAGGUGUAUCAGCUAAGUCAAGUCCGUCGUAUUUGAAUGAUGGACUGUCUUACAAUUGGACAAAUGCUAUGUUUUCUUGGCAAAAAACUUCUUACCAUUUUCAGCCUGAAAACCAUUGGAUGAAUGAUCCUGACGGUCCAUUAUUCCACAUGGGAUGGUAUCAUCUAUUCUACCAAUACAAUUUUGAUUCAGCAGUGUGGGGCCUUAUCAGGUGGGGUCAUGCUGUAUCAAGGGACUUGAUUCACUGGCUCUAUCUCCCCUUGGCAAUGGUCCCUGAUCAAUGGUAUGAUAUCAACGGUGUAUGGACAGGCUCAGCUACUUUCCUUCCUGACGGUCAGAUCGUAAUGCUUUACACUGGGGACACUAACACAUCACUGCAGGUGCAAAAUCUAGCCUACCCCGCCAACCUAUCUGAUCCUCUCCUUAUAGACUGGGUCAAAUAUCCUGGAAACCCGGUUCUUUUUCCACCACCUGGAAUUGGAUUCGAUAAAUUCAGAGAUCCGACAACGGCCUGGAUGGGGCCCGAUGGAAAAUGGAGGCUCACAAUCGGGUCAAGAAUAAAUGAAACCAUUGGAAUCUCACUUAUGUACAAAACUACCAACUUUAUAACUUAUGAGUUGCUGGAUGGACUCUUACAUUCGGUUGAGGGUACGGGUAUGUGGGAAUGUGUGGACUUUUACCCUGUUGCAUUAAACGGGUCAAAUGGUUUGGACACUUCAGCAAAUGGGCCGGGGAUUAAGCACGUAUUGAAAGCUAGUUUGGAUAAUACAAAGGUGGAUUAUUAUGCAAUCGGUACAUACGACCCGGUAAGAGAUAAAUGGACACCUGAUAACCCAGAAGAGGAUGUGGGUAUCGGGUUACGGGUGGAUUAUGGAAGGUAUUAUGCGUCAAAGUCCUUUUAUGACCAGAAUAAACAGAGGAGGAUCUUAUGGGGCUGGAUCAAUGAAACUGAUACUGAACAAGAUGAUUUACAAAAGGGCUGGGCUUCUGUUCAGACUAUUCCAAGGACCAUCGUAUUUGAUAGCAAGACCGGGGCUAAUUUGCUACAUUGGCCAGUGGAAGAAAUUGAGAGCUUGAGAUUGAAGAGUACUGAAUUUGAACAGAUUGUGAUUGCACCUGGUUCAGUCAUCCCACUUGACAUUGGCUCGGCCAGUCAGCUAGACAUAUUUGCAGAGUUUGAAACAGAAUUAAUAUCAGAAUCAACCGGUGAAGAAUAUGGCUGCGGUGGUGGUGCAGUAGCCAGGAGUUCAUUGGGACCAUUUGGUCUGCUAGUUCUUGCAGACGACUCACUUUCUGAACUGACCCCUGUAUUUUUUCGUCCUGAAAGUUCAACUGAUGGCACUCUUAAAACUUAUUUCUGCGCUGACGAAACAAGAUCGUCAAAGGCUGAUGUCUUUAAGCAAGUUUAUGGUAGCACUGUUCCUGUGCUGGAAAAUGAAAAUUUAAAGAUGAGGAUAUUGGUUGAUCAUUCAAUUGUGGAGAGUUUUGCACAAGGAGGAAGAACAGUGAUCACAUCAAGAAUUUAUCCAACAGAAGCAAUUUAUGGAGCUGCAAAGGUGUUCUUGUUCAACAAUGCAACCAGUGUUAAUGUUAAGGCUACACUCAAGAUUUGGGAGUUGAAUUCUGCCUUUAUAAGUCCUUUUCCAUUUGGUGAAUAUUAGAAAUAUUAUUUGAUUGAGUUUGUUGUAUCAAUUUGCCGUUUAAUUAUUGGUCUGCAAAAUAUAUAUAUUCUUUAGUUGUUUAUUUUUUGUAUUUGGGAGGGUCUAAGCUUGUGUGUAAUUUUUACAGUUCAAACUCCAAUGGCUAAGUAAUUUGCAUUUUCUGAAAAACAUAUACAAUGAGAAAAGAUUCAAAUUUUAAAUGCUUAAA